AUGGUGAAAGAAAGGGCAACGGACAAACAGGUUGCUUUUCUCCCGAUUUCUAUUUCUAGGACGGCGUCGAAGUUGAGCUCGACAAGAUCCCCAGGGCACCUGAUCUCCCGAUUAAUGAAACUAGAGAAACCAUCAUCAAUCGAUCUUUCAGGUUCACAUUUGAUUUUUCCCCUGUGUUUGGUAUUGUUUUCAUUCUCGAUUGCUUUGGUUUAUCUCACAUGGUGUAGAAGGGAUAGUACUGGAGAGAAGGGAGCAGGUGGUGGUUGUUUAAUGGCGGUGAAUGUUGUGGUGUCUUCUGUGAAUGAUGGUGUGAUUUCAAAAUAUGCUAAAUGGGUGAUGUUGAAAAUCGAACAUUUCUUCGGGUGGUGCUGA